AUGCCGAAGUUCACGGAGUUCAAGCCGGAGGAGGACGACGUCGAAGAAUAUCUCAAACGCUUCGAGAUUUUCCUUCGAGUGAACGCUGUCAAGACGGAAGACAAGGCCGUGACCCUGCUGAACUAUAUCGGAAAAGCGUCGUACCAGGUUCUGAAAACUUUGCUCGUCCCAGACUCGCCGGUAUCGAGAUCGUACGACGUACUUUCCGAGGUGCUGAAACGCCACUACGUGCCCAAGCGCUUAGUGAUUGCAGAACGCACGAAGUUCCAUUGGAGAAAUCAAAAGGUCGGCGAGAGCCUAGCGGACAUCUCCUUGGCUAUCAAGAAGCUUGCCCAGACAUGCGCGUUCAAGGACUACCUCGACCAGGCUCUGCGGGUCCGGCUCGUGGCGGGGUGUCGCGACCCUGAGGUACAGCGGAAACUCAUCCAGCUCGACGACGAUCACUUCGACGAAGUUCUAAAGGUGGGUUUGGCCAAAGAACUUUCUCUGCGCAAAACGGACGAGAUAAGACAGCCCGGCGUUCCGAACUCAAUGGACGUGCACCGCGUUCAAGGUGAUGGUGAAGGACACUCCGGGUGCCCACCUUCCGCCACUGCAUCGCCACAGAUCCAGUAUCAGCGUACGGCAGGCCCUUGUUUUAGAUGCGCUAGUACUGUGCAAGCUUCCGAGAAGUGUCCGUUUUCGAAAGCAAAGUGUUUCAAAUGCGGGAAGCAGGGGCACACUAAGGCGGUGUGUAGGGCCAAGCCUAAGCCUACUUCGAACACCAAGCGCGGACCUUGGAGCGUAACCUGUAUGCGGAAGAAUGGCGCGUCUGCGGCAUUCCAGAAGGUAUUAGAAAUGGAAGAAAACCGGUGA